GUGAAGUUGGCCAUGUGAAAUGCAUGUUUUGGUAUUUUCAUCCUGAUAAUAAAAUCCAAUUUAUUCGUGAAAUACAGAGAAUAUUCCAACAAAGGAAAAGCUUAAAACGUCUCUUAUUGUGGAAUCAUAACCUCACUCUGUGGAGAUGAAGAUGAAAAAAGAGCCCCCAAAAGGGGAACCAAUUGAUGACGAUGCCUUGGAAUCUUUUAGGAGUCUUCUGUCUUCAAAGGGCAAUCUCAAAGAGCGGGAUUUUGACAGAGCCGAUGGUUCUGAUGAUGAGAUUAAUGCCCAAUCGCAUAGGAAACUCUUGACGGCUAUUGAGAAAAUCGACCGGACGCAGCACAUAAAAGCCCCAUCGAGGACAGAGGUGGCCACGAAGGAAUCAGAAUUCCAUGUUAUCAAGUCUCAUGGGCUCAUGAAACCCCAAGAACGUUUCACAUUUCACCAACUGCCCAAUGUGUCCAAGAAAUCGAGUGCAACUGUCAUUAAGGAUUUGAAAAAGCUCAGUAAGUCCAAGAAGAAACUGGCCAAGCCCCUGGAGAAGCCGGUGAUUGAGAGAAUUUCCCGGGGGAUAGCUUACGAAAAGGCUCGGUAUCAGCUGGAUCGCUGGGAAGCCGUUGUCCAGAAGAAUCGCUUCGACGAUUGCCUGGUUUUUCCUCAAAAGCCUUCCGAUGAGAUCAUCAUUGAGGAAGAUGCCACGGACAAAACGCCUUCCUAUCGCAUAAAGUCUGAUUUGAUGUUGGAACUGGAGGCUCUGGAUGCCAAGAGGGCUGAGCAGGUUGGAGGAGAGGAAGUCAGUCCGAAGGAAGAUGAGAAGCUUUCGAAGAAGGAACUUCUGGCGCAGCAGAAGGAACUGGCUCGGUUGCGCCGGAAGGAAUCGUAUGAGAUCGAGAAGGCUCGUAGGCAGAAGAAGAUCAAGAGCAAGAAGUACCACAAAGUACUGAAGAAGGAUCGAAUCCGGAAGCAAUUGCUGGAGUUUGAAAAGCUGCAGAAAAGCGAUCCGGAAGAGGCCCUGAGGCGCUUGGAGCUCAUUGAGAAGAAUCGUGUAGCUGAGAGAUCGCACCUGAGGCACAGGAAUACCGGAACCUGGGCCAAGAGUCUGCAGGUUCGGGCUAAAUUUGACAAGGAUGCCAGGAAGGAUUUGGCAGAGCAAUUGGCCAUUGGGCGGGAACUGAAAGAGCAGAAGAACUCAAUGGAAUCGGAGGAGUCUGACCAGGAAGCUGCAGAAGAUGCUGAGAAAGAUGAGGAUUAUGAUCCUUUUAAUCCCUGGCAGACAGUUUCCAAAAAGUCCACUGAUGAAAUUCUCGGGACUUACAGGAAGUACUGGCAGGAGAGAAAUCACAAUGAGCAAAAGAGGAAGGAAUAUGAAGCCCUGGAAAUUCCGGAAGUGUCCACAGAGCAAGAAAAACAUCCUCCGGAAGAGAUUCCUAAGAAAAAGAAGAAAGUUGGAGGUCUGGCGUGGACAAUUGAGGAUAUUGAUGAGGAUGAUAUCAAACUGAGCACCAUCUGCGUCCCUCCGGAUGAUUUUGAAGGCUUUGACAGGAAAAAAAAGCCUCUCCCGAAGAAGAAAGUAUCAAUUGAUGCUGUAUUUGACUCUGCUGAGCAGAAACUGGAGCAAAAAUUGGCUCAGAAGUUGACAAAGUUCCAGAAAACUGCCACAAAGGGCAAAAAAGCUUCCCGGAAGACUUCCAAAAAGGUGACAGAAAAGUCUCAUCUAAAUCUCGAGCUCAAGAAAACAGCUCAACGUCCGGAAAUUGAUGAAGCUCUUCAGGAAUCCAGCAAAAGAGCAAAUCCUGAUGAUUCCCAGGACUUCAAUCAACUCAAGAAAAUCGCUUCAGGAGAUCAGAAAGACUCUGAAAUUGCCAAUAUCGCCCCGGAUAGCUUUGCAACAGUUGAAGUGAAAUCCCUGCGAACAGCAAUCCCGGAUGAUGUUCAGGACGAAGAUGAGGAUUCAGAGAGAAUCAAUGGAAAACUCUCCUUGACCGAAGCCUUUGAGGAUGAUGACAUUUUUAGAGAUUUCUCUCGCGAGAAGGAAGACCAAAUAGCAGCAGAUCAGCCUCAGGAUCUCGAUUUGACACUUCCAGGCUGGGGCUCGUGGACCGGGCAAGGAGUGAAGAAGCAGCCGAAACGAAUGAUUCUGAAAUUUCCCAAAAAUCUCCCAAGGAAAGAUUCCAAGAAGGAUUCUGUGAUCAUCAAUGAGAUUCUGAGUGGGAAAACCAAGGAGCAUUUGGUCAGGGAUCUACCAUUCCCCUUCACGAGUGUCAAGGACUACGAAGCAUCCAUCCGGGCGCCUGUUGGAAGGACAUUUGUACCAGAAACUGCCCAUCGUGUCCUCACAAAACCGAGUCUUGUGACAAAAAUGGGCACAAUUAUUGAGCCAAUGGAUGAAAAAAUGCUCCUGAGUGGAGAUAAACCUCAAAGGAUCAGGACCAAAACGGGGAAAAAGAUCCAGGAAAUUAAUGAAAAGAUGAAAAUCCAUCGUUAAUCAUAUUCACCAUUUUCUCAAUAAAGAAUGUCGUUACGGA